GGAGGCUGGACGCGAGAUUCGGCGGGAUGGACAAAAAUCAGAAUGCGAAAUCAACAAAAUAGAAGUGCAGUAAACAGUGAGAGGGAGAACAGUGUUUAGUCUCCGAGGCGGGUUACAGCUAGAUAAAUAUGUUCACAUCCUGUUCGGUCGGAUUAUGACAUUGCAUGCAUCGUGGUGACAUGCAAAAGAUAAGCAGACUUGUUUUUUUUAUUUACGAUUGCACACAUUUCCUUCAGCGAGAACGAGUUUGACAUGGAAGAGAAGCGCUAGCCAGCAAACGUAGCACUUUAUUUUCACUGUCAUAAAAGAAACUGGAAGAUUAUAGACAUCGGGUGGUAUGGAAAACUGUCCAUAGACAUCACCUAAUUCGCCUUUUAUAUGGAUUUGAGCCCAACUACAAAUAGAGAAUAUUUUUUAGGAAGCGUUGAUCAGCUGUCAAUAUGGCCGACAUAAAGUCGCUCAGUGAGUCUGACGAUGAAGAUCUACACUCCACAGAUCCUGAGGGUAAGGACAAGAGCAAAGACAAGAAGAUGCUGUGCAAAGUCAAAUGGUCUCGCGACGAGGAUGAGAGGCUGAAGAAGUUAGUGGAGCAGCAUGGAACAGACUCCUGGAAAUUAGUAGCUAAUGAUUUCCCAGGGAGGACAGAUGGCCAGUGUCAGCACCGCUGGCAGAAAGUGCUCAACCCAGAGCUGGUGAAAGGACCCUGGACAAAAGAGGAGGAUCAGAAGGUGAUCGACCUGGUGCACAAAUAUGGCCCCAAGCGCUGGUCGGUGAUUGCUAAGCACCUGCAGGGACGCAUCGGAAAGCAAUGCCGUGAGCGUUGGCACAACCACCUGAACCCUGAGGUAAAGAAGUCCUCCUGGACCCAGGAAGAGGACUGCAUCAUCUACCAGGCCCACAAACGCCUGGGCAACCGCUGGGCUGAGAUCUCCAAGCUGCUGCCUGGAAGGACGGACAAUUCCAUUAAGAACCACUGGAACUCGACCAUGAGGAGGAAGGUAGAGCAUGAGGGGUAUCUUCAGGAGGGCUGCAGGGGAUUCGACUCCGACCAUGGAGGGGUGAAGAGAAGUCACCACAGACCCUGUGUCCCCCAACCAGACACCCCCCACCACGGGCACAGCCCUCUGGGCAUGGAAGUACCAACGCAGCUCGGGGGUUACCCUUAUAGCUCUCACUGUGGCCAACUGAUGGACAGCCUCCAAGACUCCUCCAGCUACUUAUUGCCGUCCUGCCAUGACGACCCAGACAAAGAGCAGAGAAUUAAGGAACUUGAGCUUCUGCUUAUGUCAGCAGAGACCGAGGUCCGGAGACAGGCCCAGUGCCGAGGCCCAUGUAAUGUGGAGCGUUACUCCAGCUGGGCAGACAGCGUGUCAGACGACACCAUGACCACCAGCAGCAGCAGUCUGGAGGAUCAGGCUGAGGGAGGCUGGAGGGGGGCAGAGGAGGGCCAGGGGCCCCCGAUGGAGCAGGCUGAGGAGGGCUGGAGGGGCCCAGAGGAGGCCCGAGGGCUCCAGGUUCAGCACCACAUCUCCCCCAGUAAGUUCCUGUCUGUGGAGGCUAGUUCCGUGCUCUCCACCUUGCAGACCAUCCCAGAGUUCGCAGAGUCCAUGGAGCUCAUCGACUCGAUGUGUCUGGCUCUACAGAACCCUAUGACGUGGAGCGAGGCAUCCAGCUUCGACAUGUCUGAGGCGACGACCCCCCCGAAACAAACACAGGGGGGCUACGCACCCCAGGGGAGGACCACAGAGGAGAUGAGGUACGCAGUUGACCACCCCAACGGCAUCUCCACCAAGCACUGUGCCCCCAUGGGUCACACCCCGAACAACGUGUCCAGAUCGAGUUUGCCUACCCUGGGGAGGAGGAAGAGGGGGGACCAGUCCCCCGAUAGGAGUUGCCCAUCCUUCUUAGACUCACCCAGCACCAACUCGCCCAAGAACACCCCCACGAAAGCACUGCCCUUCUCCCCCUCCCAGUUCUUCAACACAUCAGGAGGAGAGCAUCUGAACCUGGACAACCCAGCUCUGACCUCCACCCCGGUCUGUGACCAGAAGUGUCUCCUCAACACACCCUUCCAGAGGGAGACCACGCCCAAACACCAGAAAGAGAAUGUUGGUUUCAGGACCCCUAAGAUCCGUAAGUCCAUCAUGGUUCCGACUCCCAGAACUCCUACUCCGUUUAAGAACGCCCUGGCCGCCCAGGAGAAGAUGCACGGGCCACUGAAGAUGGUGCCCCAGUCCCUGGCCUUUCUGGAGGAAGACCUCAGGGAGGUGCUGAAGCAGGAGAUUGGAUCAGACAUCUUCACCAGGGAACUACAACCACAUUUCAGGACAUGGAAACAUGAUGUGGAUGGGCCAGCCAGGAAGGUGCGUAAGUCCCUGGUACUGGACUCCUGGGGGAAAGACUGUCUUAACGUCCAGCUAUUCCAGGAACAGCGCAAUAAUGCACAGGUCCUAGAGGAGAGUCUCCUGACCAGCUCCUUACUGAUGACCCCCCUCCCUGAGAGAGACGGAGAGGAGCGCCCCUGCACCCCCUCAUCUGGGAGGGAGAGGUCCUGUGCCCCCCUGCGCCACCUCCCCAGCCCCCGCAAGAGGAAGAACCCCCCUUCGGUCAGAAUGUCCCACCACGAUUCACUUAGACAGGUAAAAAGCGAGUGGGAAGCAGUGGUUUAUGGGAAGACUGAGGACCAGCGGAUCAUGACAGAGCAGGCCCGGCAGUACCUGGGUAGUACCUACCCAUCCUCCGCCUGCACCUCGAGGGCCCUCGUCCUCUGAGGCCUAUGUCACCAAACACUACACCCGUCCAGCAGAGUUGCUAUGGAAACCACACUCCUUCUCCUAAUGACUCUUAGCAUACUUAGACGAUCUGGUGUAGGCAACUCAAAUCAUUUAGAAAGUUGUGUAUUGAUAAGAUCCGUAAGUGAACACUCAAGUGUACCACAGAAUACUUUACAGAAAAAGCCGAGUCACGCAUUUUUUUCCUCAGUCACACUGCCCAUGAACCUUGACGUCCUUGAUUUGAGUUUUUGUAGCAAUAAAUUGCUUGGUUUGUCUUUUGAAUACACACAAGCCUAGCCAUGUCACAGGUUUGUACAGAUAAGAAAUCCUAGAUUUUCUGCACUAUAAUGUGUUAAAACAGAACAACCCGCACAUACAGUAAGCUGCAGAAAUAGGCUGAUUAUUACUAGCAGUGGCUGAGUCUCAUAUCGUUCAUAUAUUGUUUAAAUAAAAAUGGAAAAAAUCUGUUUUAUGAUGUAAUAUUACACGUAUAUGUAUAUUUUCUAACUUGUUUGUAGAAACUACCCUGUAGUGCUACACUUGUUGUUUUGAAGUCUUAGGAGAGAGACGGAGAGCUGUCUGUAUGGCACUACUGAGUUGGGGUUGGCUGCAGAGAAGUGAUCAGUGUUGAGGAGGUAACUGGAUAGCACUUGUGAUGUGACUGUAUUGUUUCAAAACGCAAUGAAGUUUCCGUUCCAAGGCCAUACUUUCCUUUAGCAGUCUCAAUUUGAGACAUUUGUUGAAUGUAUUUCAUAGCGUGAAACUGCGAAGAAACUUCAAAUGGAAGGGUACUUUUUCCUCCCUGUAUUUAUUAUCUGUAUUCUAAAACGUAGAUCUUAAUAUAAGUGUAAAUUGAACACAUUCUCCUUUGAGAAAUCUUCCUAAAGGCGUUCCCUGCCCCUAAGAUUUGAUCUGUCAGUUCUACUUCUUACCUUCUAUUGAUCUAGGUUGUGAUUGGGGAAGGGUACGCUGAUCCUAAAUCAGAAUCCAGUUGUCAUGUUUGGUACUGACCAAUAGUGCUCAGUGUGCUAAAACGACCAUGUUUAGUUGAGGGGAUGUCCUGUUCGCGUGAAGGCUGUAUGUUCUAUUUAUUCAAUGUUUACUCAUUUAUUUAUUUCAAUACAAAAAUAAAUGAUCAAAUUUAUAUUUUCUUUUUAUCAGAAAAGGAUUGGGCUACCUUUCACCAAAUUUCUCCAAAUUAGACAUAACAAGCAAACAUGCACUGCCACUAAUUCCUUUUUGUUCAGUAAUUAUUUUAACUCUCAGAUUGAGUUAAUUACCAUUUGUAUAGUGACAUCACUGAGUUGAUAUUGAUAGGACAGUUUCCCCUGGAAUCAGUUAGCUUUUUUUGUAGCGGGACCCUGUCUCUAAUCAUAGACAAAUUGCACUUUGCUCAUUAAGUGUUGUUUCGUCCGUUUGUUUGAGCACAUGACAUAGCUCUUGUUUUAUCUGUGUGUGUUUUGUUCAUUUUUUUCAAAUCCAAUGCCGUUAGAUGAAUGUCUCACUACAUGUGACGAUUGAACAUUGACCUAAAGAGGAUAGAUGGAGCUGCUUGAUGUAUGUUUUUACAUGGCAUGUAAAGAUGGAAAGAUUGUAAAGAUUAAGCUUUUUUAUAAAUACUUUUUUUGAUCAAUUGUUUAUCAGUAAUAAUCACAAGUACAGGACAAUGUAAGAUUUUCAACAUACAACAACAAAAAAUAAUAUUUCAUUGUAUGUCUUCAUGUGACAAUGCAGUUUUCUACAGCUCUGAUUGGUUACCUCUGUAAUAACAGGGUGCAGCAGAGUAUCUAUGGUCCCUGUGGUGAUGGUUGGUGUCAUUUGUUCCAACGGUCUUCCAACUGUUUAGAAUCUGGAUUAUAAUUUGGAUUGUAAUCUGGAUUAUCUAGCAUUAAGUGUGUUUGAGAAUAAAAAGGGAAUCUCCUCAGGAGAGUUCACAUGGAAAGAUCAUGUAUGUUCACCCUCUGAGCUCCACAGAGCUUCAGUUUCUGAACUUUCUUAUUUUCCUUCAUCGGCUACCCUAAAUGUUUAUGUUCUGUUGGUUGGUUUGGCUUCAGUAUGUUUUGUUUGUAACAUGUUUGUAAGUUAAUACUUGGACAUCUAACCCUAGGUUAUGAGGGUAUUAAGUACGUUUAUAGUAGUUGUCAUAAUCAUGCAUAAUCAGCAAUACGCUGGAUUUUUCCAGUACCAUGUUUGUAUAGUAAUCACAGACGUAACACUUGCAUUAUGUAAUUUUCAAAUUUUCCAGUAUUUUCUGCUUGUAAUCCUAACCAGGCAACACAGAAUUCCUGCCAACUGCAAAUGGAACCAUGUACCUAAUAUGGAAUAAUAAUAAAAUGUUAUUGCAUUGCA